AUGACGAUAGCGCCGCCAACGUUGCUCGCGUUUGUCGUCCUGGCCGGCGCGCUGGCCGGCGGCGGCGGCGUCGUGGAUGCGGCGCUGCUGAAGGCGCACUUCUACAGGCACAGCUGCCCAGCGGCGGAGGCAGUUGUGCGGGACAUCGUGCAGGCCCGCGUGGCCGAGGACCCCGCCGCGCUCCCCGCUAGGCUGCUCCGCCUCUUCUUCCACGACUGCUUCGUGAGGGGCUGCGACGCGUCGCUGCUGAUCGACUCCACGUCCACCGCGGGCAGCGGCACGGCGGAGAAGGACGCCGCGCCAAACAGGUCACUGGGCGGCUUCGACGUCGUGGACACCGCCAAGGCCGUGCUGGAGGCCGUCUGCCCCGGCGUCGUCUCCUGCGCCGACAUCGUCGCGCUCGCCGCCAGGGACGCCGUCUCUGUCCAGUUCGGUCGUGACCUGUGGGACGUGCAGCUGGGGCGGCGCGACGGCGUGGUGUCGCGCGCGUCGGAGGCGCUGGCGAACAUCCCCUCGCCGUCGGACAACUUCACCGCGCUGGAGGCCAGCUUCGCCAGCAAGGGCCUCGACGUCAAGGACCUCGUCAUCCUCUCAGGUGCGCACACCAUCGGCGUCGGUCACUGCAACCUCUUCAGCAGCCGCCUGUUCAGCUCCACCCCCACCGGCGCCGUCACCCCCGCCACCGACCCGACCCUCAACGCUGCCUAUGCCGUGCAGCUGCGCGGGGCGUGCAGGUCGCCGUCUAACAACGCUACCGUCGUGCCCAUGGACCCCAGCAGCCCGGCCCGGUUCGACUCCCAUUACUACGUCAAUCUCAAGCUUGGCCGUGGGUUGUUCAGGUCCGACGCCGCCCUGCUCACCGACCGCCGUGCCGUCGGCAUGAUCCACGGGCUCACCAAGGAAGGCCACUUCCUGAAGGAGUUCAAGAACGCCGUUCGUAAGAUGGGUCGCGUUGGUGUCCUCACCGGAGACCAGGGAGAGAUUAGGAGAAACUGUAGGGUCAUCAACUCAUGA